AAAAGUCGCGCGGAAAUUGCGUCACAAUAGCUUAGCGCCAGCACGCAGGCUCGCCAUUUUCGCAGCUCUUUGUGCGCCGAGUUUGCGUGGUUUUAUCGAGCGAUUCGUCGACUCGGGUUUUAAAUAUAUUUGCAAAAAUGCAAGGAAACAGAGGCCCCCAGCAAAACCACGGGUCUAACCGCCCGGGAGACCAGAAGAAACCCGGAGGAACAAACGCCAACGGGCAGCAGCCGGAGCACAGCGAGCCAGUCAAGCCCGAGGAGGCCCUCACCCUGGACCUGCAGUGCUUCAGGAAACCCGGGGAGAAAACCUUCACCCAGCGCAGCAGGCUGUUUGUGGGUAACCUCCCAACCGGAGUCUCCGAGGAGGAUCUGGAGAAGCUGUUUGAAAAGUACGGAAAGGCCAGUGAAAUCUUCAUCAACAAGGAGAGGGGCUUCGGCUUCAUCCGGCUGGAGACCAGGAUCAUAGCUGAGAUCGCCAGAGCCGAGCUGGAUGAUACCCCGUUCAGAGGCAGGCCCAUCCGGGUGAGGUUUGCAACACACGGUGCUGCUUUAAGUGUGAAAAACCUGCCAGAGUUUGUGUCCAACGAGCUGCUGGAGGAGGCCUUCUCAGGCUUUGGUCAGAUAGAAAGAGCUGUGGUGAUCGUGGAUGACAGAGGGAGGCCCACAGGGAAGGGCAUAGUGGAGUACACCUCAAAACCAGCUGCAAGAAAGGCUCUGGAUAAGUGCAGUGAGGGUGCCUAUCUUCUCACAGCGUUCCCUCGCCCCAUCACUGUGGAACCUAUGGAACAGUUUGAUGAAGAGGAGGGACUGUCGGAAAAAAUCAUCAACAAAAACCAGCAGUAUCACAAAGAGCGCGAGCAGCCACCACGAUUUGCUCAGCCGGGCUCCUUUGAGUACGAGUAUGCCAUGCGUUGGAAGGCGCUGAUGGAGAUGGAGAAGCAGCAGUACGAAAUGGUGGACCGCAACAUGAAGGAGGCUCAGGAGAAGCUGGAGGCUGAGAUGGAGGCGGCCAGACACGAGCAUCAAGUGAUGCUGAUGAGGCAGGACCUGCUGAGGCGGCAGGAGGAGCUGCGGAGGAUGGAGGAGCUCCACAGUCAGGAGGUGCAGAAGAGGAAACAAGCUGAGCUCCGGCAGGAGGAGGAACGCAGGAGGAGAGAGGAGGAGAUGAGGAUGCGCAAUGAGGAGAUGCUGAAGAGGCAGCAGGAGGGCUUCAGGGGCAACUUCUCUGAGAAUAGGGAGCAAGACAUGAGGAUGCAUAUGGGCGGUCACGGGAUGAACAGAAAUUCACUGGGUGGAAAUUCUGGUCCCGCUGGUACUCCUGGUAUGGCUGCUGAGAAUGCUCCUAUGAUGCAGGGGCAAGGAAACAACAACAUGCAAGGAGGAGGCCAGAGUGGUUUUCCCAGAGGUGUCCCCGGGCCUGGCGACUAUGGACCCAACAAGCAGCGCAGAUUUUGAAUCACAUGUCUGUUUUUUUCCCCUUCUUAUUCUCACUGUAUUUUAAAGUUCAAGUAGUGAGUCUUACUUUUUGGACUUUGAAAACUGUUGCAUGUUAUUCUUUUUUUACCUUUUUUAUUUGUACAUUUGAAUUCUUUAGUACUAAAAUGUCAUAACCUUCUAAAUGAGCCAUGUGUUUUACUUUAUUUUUCACGUUUAAUACAUUUUUCAUAGGGAUAGAAUAUGUUUUGUGUCCUGGACAUGUUGACUCUUCUGGAAUAAAUUCAUGAUUCCCUAAGAA